GGGCACGGGCCGCCCGCCCUCCCCCGCCGGGCUCAGGUGACACCGGCCCCGGCGGCUUCACGGGCCGCCGAGGAGCUUCCUGGUUCCCAGAAGGUGCCGGAGCGGCUGCAACAGGAACUGAGAGACGGGGGAGGAGGCGGUGCCGCCGCUCCGCCGCAGUCGCGGCCCGAGCCGGGGGAGCGGAGCGGAGCAGCCAUGGGCCGCCGCCCGCCGCGCUGAGCCGCCCCCGCCGCCCAGCGCUCCGCGGCCGGCGCUGCCCCUUCGGCCCCGCCGGGCGGGGCGCUUGUCCCUGGGGGCGCCGGGGCCGCCGCCGGGGCCCCGCGAUGUGACCAUGGACAGCAGGUUCAAGGAAAAUCCAGAACGUACCUUUGAUUUGGUACUGAAAGUAAAAUGCCAAGCUUCUGAAAAUGAAGAUCCAGUGGUACUGUGGAAGUUCCCGGAGGACUUUGGAGACCAGGAAGUGCUGAACAGCGUUCCAAAGUUCUGCUUUCCUUUUGACAUUGAAAGGGUGUCCCAAAACCAAGUAGGACAGCAUUUCACCUUUGUGCUCACCGACAUUGAAAGUAAGCAAAGGUUUGGAUUUUGCCGUUUGACGUCAGGAGGCAAGAUCUGCCUCUGUAUUUUAAGUUACUUACCAUGGUUUGAGGUAUACUACAAGCUCCUAAAUACCCUGGCAGAUUAUUUGGCUAAAGAACAGGAAAAUGACUCAAAUGAUUUGUUAAAAUCAUUGUAUAGCCAUCCUGUGCCAAAGGCAAAUGCUUUAGUCAGUUUAAGUGUGAACCAAGAGAUGAUUUUUACAAGUGAGCAAGUUUUGAAAAAACAGCCUUGUCUUGUAUCGCACUCGUAUUUCAUUACUCCUGAUUUAACUGGAUUGCCAACAAUCCCUGAAAGCAGAAACCUCACUGAAUAUUUUGUUGCUGUGGAUGUGAACAACAUGCUGCAACUUUAUGCCAGUAUGUUGCAUGAGAGAAGAAUCAUUAUUACCUCAAGCAAACUAAGCACUUUAACUGCUUGUGUUCAUGCGUCAGCUGCAUUGUUAUAUCCAAUGUAUUGGCAACAUAUUUACAUCCCAGUGCUUCCUCCACAUCUUCUGGACUACUGCUGUGCUCCGAUGCCUUAUCUAAUUGGCGUCCACUUAAGCUUAAUAGAGAGAGUAAAAAGUAGAUCACUGGAGGAUGUGGUUUUGCUAAAUGUUGACACAAACACUCUAGAAACCCCUUUUAAUGACCUGAACAACCUACCUGGUGAAGUGGUCUCGGCCUUGAAAAAUAAACUGAAAAAGCAGUCCACAGCUACGGGCGAUGGAGUAGCCAAGGCCUUUCUUCGGGCACAGGCAGCACUGUUUGGAUCCUACAGAGAUGCACUAAGAUACAGACCAGGAGAGCCUAUAACUUUCUGUGAGAAUAGUUUUGUGAAGCAUCGUUCCAGUACAACUAAGCAGUUCUUGGAAACUGCUGUUAAUCUUCAACUGUUUAAACAGUUUGUUGAUGGUCGACUAUCAAAAUUAAAUGCAGGAAGAGGAUUCUCUGAUGUUUUUGAAGAAGAAAUCACAGCAGGAGGCUUUUGUGGAGGAAAUUCAAGAUCUUACCAACAGUGGAUGCAUACAGUGAAGAAAGGCGGUGCACUGAUCAACACAGCGAUGACCAAAGCCACUCCGGCUGUGAAAACGGCAUAUAAAUUUGCAAAAAACCAGGCAAGGCAAGGAAUAAAAGAAGUGAAGAGUAAGUUAAAACACAAGGAGAGUGAGGAAGAGUAUGGAACUUGCAGUGCUGGUGCAGUACAGACUGUUCCCAUCUACACAUCACAUUAUGAGAAAAGAACAAGCUCAGAAAAACGAAGACUGGCACAGACUCGUUUCAACCAGCAUCUCAGUAACCAGGAUUUUGCCUUGGAUGAAGAUGAUGAUGAUGAAAUGGAGAGAACGAGCAAGUUAUCAUCAGAAGACAGCGAAGAAGCUUCUGCUUACUUUUAUGAUAGUGAUGGUUCUGGUGAAACAGGAAUAAUUCCUCAGCAUCAAGGAGAAAUGGACUUGCUUGGGGAGAUCCUGGACACACUGAGCACACACAGUUCAGAUCAAGGAAAACUCUCAGGAGCAAAGAGCCUGGAUUUCUUUAGGUCAAUGGAUGACAUUGAUUACAAGGCUGCGAACAAGUCAAAUGCACCUAGUGAGAGCAACCUUACCCUGCUCUGCAGCAGUGCUAAUGAUCAAGCAGAGUGGAACCUUGGCCAGGAUGACAGUGUCCUCCAUGGGAAGCAGCUCCCUCCAUCACCAAGGAAGCAAGUUUCUUCUGGUGGCCUGAGAGAAUCUCUGACAAGGCUGGAAGAAGAAAAGAGUGACAAAACCCUUAUUACUGACAGGAUGGACACUGCUAGUAUGACAUCCCCAUCUCCAGUACGACCAAGUGCUCAGUUUACUUCCCUAGAAGGUUUCAAAGCAGGCUAUUCUUCCUGUAAGCAUGCAAAGCAGAAUGAAACACUAAGCAAUACCUCAGAAGAUCAGCUCCCAGGAAGUCUUGCUCAACAUCCAUCCAUUCUGGUCCCUUGGGAGAAAGAUGGGAAGGAAGGAGAUGAAAGUCCAGAAGAGGGUGGUCUUCUUCAAGAAGUGGUGUCAUUAUGUAAACUGAGUUCUGCUUUUCACUAUGGUUUAAAUAUUUCAAAGGAUAGCUUAUCCAGCAGUAGCAGUGGAAAUAAAACGUAAGAAAAGUAUGAGAAGAGAAACUUGACUCCCAUUAGAAGUUAAAGGGAGACUACUCAGGACUCCAUAUAACUCCAUAUAACAUGAUAACCAAAAGAUGAAAAAGGAAUAAGAGAUCUAAGUUAUGAAAAUAAUUCUCUUCAGUUGAGUAUGCAUUUUCUGCCAUUGGGACAUCUGCUUCUACGUUUACUCAGUUCAUUUGUUGGCUGUAGUUAGGUCCAAAAAAUGAAACUAAAUAUAUGAAUGCACUCUUAAAUCAGGUACUAGUUAGUCUCUGUGUUAAAAAUACAGCAAGUGUAUGGUGCUUCCUAGCAUUUGCUUCCUCUAAGCAGCAGUAAAAGUGUCGCCUAACAGGUAACCAGGUUUUGAAGGUACUCUGUUAAUCCCGGUAAGCAUGAAAUGAACCAAGCCAUCUGAUUUGUCUGAAAUGUACAAAUGUUAAUAUUUGUAAUGAAUAAUAAUUGCCUUAAUCUUUUGAGAAGAGGUUUAACUAUCUUAGAAGAUGAAUGCAAAUCUACAAAACAGCAAUAAUGAUUUUCCAUGGCAGGAAUUUGCUUCAGCAAAGGUGGGGGGGAAGGAGACUUUUUUUAGAAUAAGGAAUUUCUGGUGAAUAUAACUUGGAACUUACUCCAAACUAAAACUGUGGCUCUGUCUUCCAGACUUCAAAAAGGUAGCGCAUGGUUUUCUCUCUUCUAUAAAGUACAUGAAGCGCUGAAUUAUAAUGUGACAUUUAUCAACUUCUGUUUACAACUAAGACACUUUAAAGACAUAUUAUCUGGUUUCCCUAGGUAGACUAUUUCACCUAAAAAUUUCAGAAAGGAAAGUGUAAGUGGAACUGAUAGAUUUCUAUUAUAUUUUAUUUUCUACAGUUUAAUAGUUGGAAAACUGAUUUGUGCCUAAUUUGUAACACUAGAAAACUAAAAUUACAGAUUCAGUUUGAUUCUGCAUAUAUCCAACUCUCAUUUUAGCCAAGUUGAACAACCAAAAAUCUCUUUCUAAAUUAAGUGAAGGCGAAUAAAUGGACUUGAUGUAUAUUGUAUUUAGAACAAGAAUUUUUGCUUCUUCUGGCAGUGUUCCUGGGGAAUAUUUGGAUACUAAAAGUGAAAAUUUUUGAUUUUGUAUGGAGCAGCUCUUUUAUUUUUUUUAUUUUUUUUUAUUUUUUUUUUUUUUAGUUUUAUUUCUCUUUUUUUUUUCCACCUCACCAUACAUACCUUGGCCUCCACACUGGCUCAGGAUAGAGAAGCCAUUAGAUCAGCUUCAGCAGAUUGGAAUUGUCAGCCUUGAAGGAUAUUUGUGGUGCAGUUGUUAGAAGUAGCACACGGGUAUAAAAUGAACUCUGCCUGAGAAGAAUGUUCUCCUGCUCUUCUAAGUUAAGUUAGAAACCUUUUUUCUUUUGUUCCAUCUUUGACAUGAGCGACUUGUCUUAAUCUCAGCGUAGGCCUGAGUGAGCGUGUUCAUGGGGUCAGUAUUUGAAUCAGAUUGUGCUUUAGUACCUUCACAGUAUUUUGUAGCAAAGUUUAAUAUCAGUUGCCUCAUUGAGAUUUAUUAAUUAAUUUUCCUUCAAGCUAGCACAAAUGGAAAGGGUUUUUUUGGCUGCUUUAUUACAAGGCAGCUGACCUGAGGGAAUUGCUGCGCGUUGUUACAGAGUCAGCGUUUGAAACUCCACCCAAGACGCAGUAGAGUGAGACCUGGGAGUUGUUAGUGCAUAAGUUUCAGAUUGUUCCAGAAAGAGAAGGUCUGGGCCAGUACUUACACUGAGGAUGAGCCUCCAGAAUUAAUUUUUUUAAUCAGUGCAACAAAGCUAAAAGGUUGUAAAAGUGCAAAUCUUACAGAAAUACCUGUUUCUGUUUAGAACAUGAACAUUCCAGAGAGCAUUUGCAAUCUACAUUGCUGGAGAAUCUCAGUGUUCCAGAGUUAGAAGUUGUACAUCCAGAGGUCUGUACUCCAAAGUAUUUGUUUAUACUUUGGUUUCCUCUUAUGUAUCAACAUAGUAUGUUGUGUAUUUUUUUAAUAUCAACAAAUGUUAUUUGGCAAAAUAUUUUGCACUAUUAAAAAUUGAAAGUAUCAUAAAAAAUAAUUAAAAUCUUCAAGCUUUCCAGGUGGGUCAGACCAGGUGUCUCCAGUGCUGUUCAGAUGACAGAGCUGCAGAGCAUCCUUGUUUAGAGCUGUUAUUAAUGACUUGGUAGAAGGCAUUCUUCUCCUUUACUGGUACUAAAUAUUGCCCAAAUAUAGUGCUGCAGUUGGGUCUAAGAGGAGACAGGCAACACAAAGAUUUUUGUUCUUGUAAUACUUCUCACUCGUUCUCAUUCAUGUCUUUGGUGUUUUGUAGAUGAGAAUUUCAAGAUUUACCUUUUGUUCUCCUUUGCAUCUGAUACAAUGUUUCUGUCCCUGUUUCCAUCUAAGUUGUUUUAUUUUCUUCAUUUAUUAAAGAUAAUAAACAGUAUUAAUCUCUUUAGGAUAAAAUAGAGAAAAAAAUCAGAAGUUAUGGCCAUCAUUACUUUCAAAACCAUCAAACACCUAAGUCCAGGAAUACUGCCAGAAAGUGGUUUUAAAAAAUGACACUCUGGUAGAGGCAUAAAUCUUACUGGCUUUCCAUAGGGUUAGGCACUGAACAAACAAUCACAUAGAUUGUCCUAUUCUCAGAUUUGUGGAAUAAAUAUGGAAGCUGUGUGAGGCUGCCAAUACUCUUACAGUUGUUAUAAAGAUGAUAAAAUUGAAAGUUUGAUAGUAGAAUCUUUCAAAAUUAGGGCAUUGUAGCAGUAAUUCACUGUUACAUUGAGUGAAAAUGCAGGCUGAAAAGAGGUAAACGGAUGAAACAAAAGAUGGAAGGUAAAAUUCAACUUAGAAUUAUUUUUAUUUCAGUCAAAAUGGUUCUGUGCUUAUGCUACAUUGUUUCCUUACUAUUUACAAAACCCAUAGUGUGUUUACAAUUGUUAAAUAGUAUGUCUUUUUUGGUUUUGAACCUUGUUAUGGGUUCAGAAAUAACUUAGUUUUAUAUGUAUGUUGAUUUUAACUGUAGGUACAUUUUUUACUCUGUAAUAUACAGAAUCUUUUCCACUUACUAUCAGUGAUCUUUUAAAAAGGCUAAUAUUUGUGCCUUAUUUAAAUAGAAUUACCAGUUACCAAAUACAUAAGAGUCCAAACUGAUAUUUCUGGUUCAACAUUCUUGUUCUCUGUCCUUGUGAUAAUAUAAAACUGUUUAUUGGCUACAUAUACUGUAUUUUUAUUACCGCAUUGGGUUCUAUAUUAAGAUAAAUUGUCCAGGUCCAAUACUUUUGGCAAGUUUUAUACUUGUAUGCUUUUUAUUUUUGGAAAUCCUUCUAGUGUCUUUGAAAAUCAUCAACAUUCAUCACCAGCUGCUGGUGAGAACUGAAUUCUGCUCAGUCAGAGCUCCUGUGGUCUUCUUCAGAGGCAUCUCUUUUCUUCAGGAUCUCAAAAAUCUUCCCAUUCCUCCUGUUUCAGGGAGAUACCAGGUCAUUUGAUAAGCUGUUACUUACACAUAGGAACAAAUUUCUGAUGUAGAAAGUCAAACUAGGACUUGAAAUGAAUAUUUUUGUUUUGCAUAGAUGUCUGCCUAAAAUGAGCCGUAUCACUCAUCUGGUUUGGGAGAAAAAAGUAAGGGCAGUAGAAGAAGAAAGGGAUUCCUGGGUUGUUCCAGUGGGGUGUGGUGAAGAAAAGCCUUGGGAGUCCACAGGAGGGAUAGUAACUUUGAAGAAAUCCAGAUUUCAGUUCUAGCUCAGUUAGUGUGAUUCCAGCCCAGACAUAUAGGCAAAAGUAAUAUUGCCUAUGGAAUUAAUCCCCUGUGGGAUUUGCAGGAGGAUGGAUAAUGUGUUGUCACAGUCAAAGCCUUCCCAUUCAUGUGAAUAGAGAGAUGUGACGUGGAACACAGUGCAGAUAUUCAGGGAAGGACAGCACUGUGGAUGCAGAGGUGAUCCCUACCCACCCUCUAUGCAUGCAGAGGGCAGUCUGUGUAGAAUAGGCAGUGGUUUGCUCUUCCAUCUCACAUAUUUGAGCAUCAUGUAGUUCUGAAAAAUAGACUUGUUCUGAAGAAAAAAUGUAGUUGUAGGAGUUGUCAUAGAACUUGUUGACUGAAGCCUUCACUGUCAUUUAGCAUUUCAGUGGUGCUGCUGCUGUUGGGGUGGGAUCAUCAGGAACUCUCAGCACUGGCUGAAGUCCCCUCUCAGGCAUUGUAACACAGACUUCAGGCAGAGUUUUAGAUAAAUGCUGGGUGCUUCUGAAAAUCCCACCCAAUCUAUUAGAAGAGUGUUUUAGACCUCAAAAAUCUGUUUUAGAUGUCUUUUGAGGUUUUAGGAUGAGCUAGUUUACAACCUUGUGUUCUUGUAACCAAUGUAAAGUCUAGGCAGAAGAACAGUUAAGCCAGGUUUUUAAAACAGCUUCUGUUUAUCCACCUACAGUCAAUCAUAUUCAGUCCUACAGAACAAUCUUUUGUUGGUGCAGCUGUCUAAUGGAAUUGCUAGGAGCAUCUAAAGUUUUCUCUAUGCAUGUAAAGUAAUUAAAGAAAUAUUUCAUGCAAUAAUCCAAGUGCCAGCAUGAGGCCCUUUUGCAAAUACCCCCCUGUGUAAUACUGACUGUACCCUGUCCUGCAGAAAGGAGCCCCUAACCAUGGACCUCCCUGACUCUGCAGGGAGAAGUCAAGGGUGGUCUUUAUUUCUCCCUUGUCAGCACCCUCACACCAGGUGCUGUGAGACUCCAGCCGGUGUGUUCCCAACAGCCUGAAAUUUCGAGCUAAACAAGCGUGGCUAAAAAAAUAAUGCCUGAGGCAAGCAGCUUCCUUAUUGCAAAGCUCAGGAUGGUGAGGGCUGUCUGUUCCCAUGGUAUUGCAGUAAAUCUUUGGAGAAUGAAUGUAGAAAUAAAUGCACCAGCAAAACCAGUAUGAAUGGUGAUGUGACUUGUCUUCAUAACUUCUUUGCUGCUAUUAGGUGUGUAUGUUGUAGCCAAUUGCUGUUUACUUGUUAGCAGAGCCUGAGCUGACUAGAACAUGUCCUCAUCUUCACCCCAAGAGUGUGGACCACAGCUGGCCUAGAAUCCAUGUUCUUCAGGGUGUUGAAAAUAAAGGAAUGGAAAGGGAUGAUUUGGUUUGUUUGUGCAAAACCUUCCUUGAUUUGCUUUGUAAUACCUGUUUCACAGUUUUAGCGAGUGGCCAGUUGAAAGUACUUGACAGGUCUUUCUGAAAGCUUCUAAGUAGAAUUGCCUGAUGAAUCCAAAGCCACCUCAGUCUAGAGGGCCAUCCACCAUCCAUGAGGUUGGCAGGGCCGUUGCCAUUUUCUGCUGGGUUGGAGUAUGAAGCAGGUAACACAGUUGGAAGUUACUCCAAGGUUUACUGUAGUAAAGGGUACUCAAAUAAAAUUGUACUAUUACUUAGGUCAAUACUAACAACACUUGUAUUUAGAAUCCAAUAACAGUAUUAGCAUUUGAAGAAUAAGUUGAGUUCAAGUAUGUUGACAUUUAUUAUGAUUCUAUGUGAAUUAACUUUCUGUUAAAAAUAAGGGAGCUACUUGGUUGUGCGGGGGGAGGGGAGGAAUGUGUUGACUUUCAAAUCUUCAGUGACUUUUGUGCAAUAUUUCUCCUUAUUUCAAAGUGAUUUAAUAGUGCACAUCUGCUUUUAAGCAGAUCCUUGAAAUGGUAUUUUUCAGAAAUGUGUAAAAUUACAUGUAGCUUUGAAAAAUGGUUGUAUGAUAAGAACAUGAAGAAGUAUAUUCUAAUAAGGCAAAUGUAUAUUUCCAAUGACUGGGAGUGAUUAUGGAUGUCACAUUCUGUAGAAAUAAUAAGACCUAAGCCAAUGUUCACAUACCAUUAGUUCCAGGCAAUUCUUAAAACUAUAACCUGGUUAAAUUGAAAUGGGGUUAAAUAUCAGAAUUUAUGAUGUUUAGUUUAUCAUUUGAUCACUUGUUUAUCACAGAUAAAAAGUUGAGGAGUUAAGCAUUGCUUUCCAGGACCAGCAAUGAGGUGAGACUUCAUGCUGAUGACCACAAGAAUUUGGUUUGUGACAUCCCUAAUUAUCAUAAGUCAUUACUUAAAAUAUUUACUAAUGUUGCCAGUAUCCUUUUAAUUUUUUGUAAAUUAAUUUCUUUGUAUAUUGAUGUACAUUUUCUUUUAGCCUUUGGUUUUCCCUUAAGAACUUCUUUAAAUUAAUAUACUUGAAUGAGGCAAUAAAGCACUGUGGAAGAACUUAGUCUUGGUGCAGCUUGCACACAAGCACAUCACGUCUGUUACUUCAUGAUUUUUGAGGAGGAAGAGCAAUUUAAAAUGCUUACAUGUUUGGCAAACUGACAGUUUGUGUUAGUUACUUCUAAAUCUAUGUCAGAUAUGAUGAGAAAUGCCUCAACAUGGAACAAAGCAACAUUAUAUAUCCUGAUAAGGUUUUCUUUUUCAGAACAUUUAUUUGGUGACCUUUGAAAACCGUUCCUGACAAUGCCCCUGUUGUGAGUCUUUAAUACUUGUAGGAGAGGCAUAAAGUACAGGACACAUUGAAAUUUUAUUGACAGUUUUAAUUUAGAGAUUAAAAAAAACCCCACACACCAAACAACCAGCAUUGUCCUAAUAGUUUUAAAAAUUUAGUUAGUUACUGACCUGUUUUACAAAAUUAGAGCCAAAUCUAAGAAUUUACUCCAUGCUUUUGCACCUUCUGGACUACUGUUCAAAGUCAUCUCGAGAACUGUAUUUCAGACCUUGACUACUGUUAGUAGUGCACUGUCUAGAUGUAGUAAAUGAGCUGUGAUGUGUGGUGUGGUUUGUUUUUUCUUUUUCCUUCCAAAGUUUGUGAUGUCAGUAGAAGUUUUUGGUGAACUACACAUUACCAUAAAGUGCCCAACACUGUACUAUAAAAUAAAAUUUAACAAUAUCAAAA